AUGUGUUAUGUGGGGAAAGCAACUAAGAUCUUCAUCUUCAUUUUCACUGUUCUAGUUGUUACUGGCCUUAUCUUGGGAUUUGGAUUACUUAAGCAUCACAGUCAGAAAGGUAACAGAUGUUCCGGUGAUUCUUGUGACCAAAAUCAGUACCAGAGCCCCAUUGUUUUCCCCCCUACCCCAACAACACCACCCACCUCCACCAAUGGUAAUAGCAAUAACCCAAUCUCACCAUUGCCAAUUCCCAACCCUUCACAGCCUAAUAAUCCAAAUCCUAGCUUAUUCCCACCACCCCCUACAGAUAUUCCUACCCCUGAAACUCCUAAUUUAGCGCCACCGCCUGCAGCUACAAUUGUUUCCUCGCCGCCUCCGCCGCCUGCGGUUUCGUUACCUCCGCCUCCAACAUUGAGCCCUCCGAGCCCCGUGACCGUGAGUCCAGGUCCAGUGCAUUCUUAG